AUGACAAAGCUCAGCCCAGAGAAAAAAUUGUAUUUCAUACCGCAUCAUGCCGUUGUAAAACCAGAUAGUCUAACAACCAAAUUGAGAGUAGUGUUUGAUGCAUCGGCCAAAACGAGCUCUGGAAGAUCCCUCAAUCAAUGCAUGCACAUUGGAGCUCGCCAACAAAGUGAUCUAUUCGAGAUAUUGAUACGUUGGAGACGACACAAAUGCAUUCAAGGCCGACAUCGAGAAAUGUAUCGGCAAAUAAAAUUGGAUACAGAAGAUCAACGUUACCAUACCAUAUUGUGGAGAGAGCAGCCGGCUACGCCGAUAAAAGAAUACCAAUUGACAACAGCGACAUUUGGAACAGCAGCAGCACCAUUUAUGGCCACAAGAACGUUGAGACAGAUUGCGGACGAUGCAAAGACAGAAUAUCCAUUGGCGGAACAUUUGAUCAAAAACGAUUUCUAUGUCGAUGAUUUUAUAUCAGGAAGCAACAGUUUGGAAAACGCAAUCAAAGAAAAGGAUGAGGUGAUCAAAGCAUUGCAAUCGGGAGGAAUGACAUUACGAAAAUGGACAUCGAAUGAUCAAGCAUUUCUCAGGACGAUUCCAGAUGAACAAACAGAAAAGGUGCUUCAAUUGAUCGGAACCGAUGACACAAAAGCACUGGGAAUACGAUGGAAUCCACGAACGGACCAUUUUGGUUUUGAAGUACAAUGGGCAUCAGACAAACGAGUGACAUCAAAACGUGAAUUGUUGUCAGAAGCAUCCAAGCUGUACGAUCCAUUGGGGUGGUUGGCACCAAUCAUGAUUAAGGCAAAGUUGAUCAUGCAACAGACAUAUACGAAGGAAAUUGGGUGGGAUGAUCCACUCCCAGAGUCGAUAGUGGAGCAAUGGAGUCAAUUCAAAAGUGAGUUACCAUCCGUUACAAAAUUGAGAAUCCCGAGAUGGAUACAGUUGAACAAUGAGACGAUGGAAAGCGCUCUGGUGGGAUUUUGUGAUGCAUCAGAAAAGGGAUAUUCUGCCGUCGUAUACACCCGAAUCAAGAACAACGAGGCAGUUACAGUGACAAUGGUAGCUUCAAAAACACGAGUAGCGCCCAUUAAAUCAAAGCUGACAAUUCCGCAGUUGGAGUUAUGCGGAGCAGUUUUACUGAGCAACUUGAUGAUCAGAACAAAGAAAGCACUGAACUUGGCAGAAUUCCAACAUUCGCAUGGACGGAUUCAAUGA